AACAAUGGAUAUCUUGUCCUCCAUUACAGACCCUUUCUCCAGCUUCAACCCACAGUUCAUCUCCACAAUCCUGGGAGCUUCAUUAGCUCUUAUCAUCAUCUUCUUCAAAUUCAUAGUCUCACCACCCGCGGCCAGAAAGCUUGCGCCCGGUUCACUAGGGUAUCCACUCAUUGGAGAGACGAUAAGCUUUGUGAAGGCACAAAAGCAAGACCAGACCCAACGAUGGAUCCUGAGCCGUGUCGAGAAAUACGGACCGGUGUUCAAGACCUCGAUCCUGGGGUCGAAAUUGGUUGUCGUGACUGGUCGAGCCGGGAACAGGUUCGUGUUCGGUGGCGGGGAUAACGGUCUCUCGUUCAAUCAACCGGCGUCGGUGGUGAAAGUGCUUGGGAAGAAUAGUCUGUUUGAGAUGUCCGGAUCGAGACAUAAGCUUGUUAGGGGUGCAAUUGUUGGCUUUUUGAGACCUGAAAGCAUUCAACGGUUUGCUGCUAAAAUGGAUUCAUUGGUGCAGCAGCAGUUGCUCAAGGAACUUCACGGCAAGGAUUCAACAGAAAUUGUGCCAUUAAUGAAGAAGAUUACAUUCAACGUAACCUGCAGCAUAUUGUUCGGAUUACCAGACGGAAAUGAGAAAGACGAACUGUUAAAGGACUUCGCGCUCACGGUGAAAGGAGUGUGGGGAAUCCCUUUGGAAUUCCCAGGCACAGUGUUCCACCAAGCAAUGCAAGCACGUAGAAGGCUCUGCAAAAAGCUCUCAGAAAUGGUGAUGUCGAGGAAGAAACAAGAAGAUGAAGGCGCUGUUGAACCGACGGACGACAACAUCGUAUCUUGUCUCCUCGCUUUGAGAGACGAAAACGGACAGCCUUUGUCGAAAGAUGAGAUCGUUGAUGUCUUCCUUUCGUUGAUCAUGGCUAGCCAUGAUACUACUGCUGUUCUGUUGACCCUCUUCAUCAGACAUCUUUCUAGGGAUGCAGAGGUUUCAAACAAGGUGCUUCAAGAGCAAAAUGAAGUUGUUAAAGCCAUUAAAAGAAAUGGUGGGAAGCUCACAUGGAGUGAAAUAAAGAUGAUGAGAUAUACAUGGAGAGCAGCUGAAGAACUCAUGAGGGUCAAUCCCCCAAUGCUUGGCAGUUUCAGGCUUGUAACCAAAGACAUUACCUUUGGUGGCUACCACAUUCCCAAAGGAUGGCAGAUAUUUUGGGUGGCACCAGGCACUCACAUGGACAGCAACAUAUUCCAGGAUCCAGAGAAGUUCGAUCCAUCAAGAUUCGAGGGCUCGUCGAAAGAGUUCCCUCCGUACACUUACGUCCCGUUUGGAGCAGGGCCUCGAGUUUGUGCCGGAAUCGAAUUCGCUAGAGUUGAAUCAUUGCUGAUUAUUCAUCAUCUUGUGACAAAGUAUAGUUGGACAGAGAUGGUCCCUGAUGAGCCUAUUAUCCGUUCACCAAUGCCAUACCCUGCCAUGGGACUUCCUGUCAAGCUUUAUCCAAAAAACUGAUAUGUACAAAAUUGGUGGGCUGAGAUUUAUUGUAUGUACGUAUACAUGCAUAUAUGUUU